AUGGGCUCCAAAACAGCCGAGAAUGACAGCGAGGGAGGUGGCAAUGCUCCUCCCAGCUCAACCAAAGCGAAUGCAACCGGUGGAGAACCACGGGGUGCCCAUUGGUCCCGUGAUGGUGAUGGCACACUUGGAGAAGGUGAUGCAGAUGACGAUGCCGACGGCGCUAAUGGCCCCGGCAUUGAUACCUCGUUGAACUCGCAAACUGUAUCCUCGACAAAUAUGAAGAAAAAACGAAAAAGAUCCAAGAAGAAGUCGUCCGUGUUGAAGCAAUCUUCACCACCGCGGGUUCCUCUUGCCGAUCUCUUCCCUGAUCGGCAGUAUCCACAUGGCGAAUCUCAACCCUAUGAGUGUGUGGUCGAAAAUACGGCCCGGACAACCGCUGAGGAAGUUCGACACCAGUCCCGUCAUCACAUAGAAGAUGAAACCAUCUUGAAUGACUAUCGGAAGGCCGCGGAGAUUCACCGGCAAGUCCGACGCUGGACGCAAGAGACCGCUCGUCCCGGCCAAACCCUCACGGAUAUUGCCGUGGGAAUUGAGGAUGGCGUGAGAGCAUUGCUCGACAAUGCCGGCCUAGAGACCGGACAAGGUCUCCUAUCCGGAAUGGGCUUUCCCACGGGACUGUCUCUUAACAAUUGUGUUGCCCACUACACGCCGAAUCCAGGCCAAAAGGAUGUGGUCCUCGACUCAAGCGAUGUCAUGAAGGUCGAUUUCGGCGUUCAUAUAAAUGGUUGGAUUGUCGAUAGUGCUUUCACAAUGUCUUUUGACCCAACCUAUGAUAAUCUGCUCGCCGCUGUCAAGGACGCGACCAAUACUGGCAUCAAGAAUGCCGGGGUCGAUGUUCGAAUUAGUGACGUAAGCGCUGCCAUACAGGAAGCGAUGGAAAGCUACGAGGUUGACAUCAAUGGUCGCACGUUCCCUGUGAAGGCGGUGCGCAAUAUCAGUGGACACAAUAUUGAGCAAUAUCGCAUUCACGCCGGAAAGUCUAUACCAUUUGUCAAGAACAAUGACAAUACUAAGAUGGAAUUGGGAGAGAUAUUCGCUAUUGAGACAUUUGGAACAACCGGUCGUGGCUAUCUGUUUGAUGGGCCUGGGGUCUAUGGGUAUGGUAAAGACCCGUCCGCACCAAAAAAGAUCACUUCGCAUCUUGCUAGCGCCAAGUCCCUCUAUCAGAAAAUCAACGAAAACUUUGGGUCGCUGGUCUUCUGCCGUCGCUAUCUUGAACGGCUUGGUGUCGAACGGUAUCUAGCUGGCAUGAACAGUCUUGUAUCUAGCGGCCAUGUCGAGCUCUACCAGCCUCUGAUGGACAUCAAAGGGUCAUAUUCCGCGCAGUUUGAACAUACCAUUUUGUUGCGAGAAUCAGGCAAGGAAGUUAUCAGCCGUGGAGACGACUAUUGA